GGCGUGACGGCCAAUUCGUCGCGUGCGCGCAUUUGUGCAGAUUUGGACACUGAUGACAAGUUAUUAAAUGAGGGGACGUCACCUCUAAACAACGCCACCUACUGGGAAGCUGAGGAAGAUCCAGACUGGGACAAUUGCGUCAUGGUGGUUGCCACUCAAGGAAAGCGAAGAGAACGUUUGACAUCAGCCUGUAGCGAUGAUUCUUUGGCACGAUCCUUGCACAAGGACAUGGACUAUCCGGCCGUGAACGUCAGUAGACGUUCGCCGGACGACCGUGGGACACCACUACAGCCGGACAGUCGAUAUCCGAGUCCUGCGAGAAAGCAACAGAAUACAAUGGUUGACACGGGUUGGCACGCCUGCUUCAAGAACAACAACUACGUGUUCUUGCGCAAUGGGUCUUUUUCAAAUGAUCAGCUGGAGAAAUGGAAGGAUAAUAAUUCGGAUAUUACCUACGUUAUAUCCACGUUGAAACCCGAGGCUGAAGGUCAAGAAGAAAAAUUGAUCGUGUCCUUGCAAGAUUCCAAGGUGAAGAUCAAGCGGACAGCUCCAUCACCCCCAGAUGUCACUAACACGACCAUGCCCACGGAGAAGAAAACCGACAGUUCCAGUGCUAAGCGAAACAAAAGGUCUGAUAAAAAGAAGAAAAACGGCUGGUUUCAGAAAUUGAAGACACCUAAUCGAAAUCGGUCAUUGAAAAUUGAUGCUACAGCUGAAGAAACUACUCCCAUUUAUGAAUCAUCUCCCGAAGAAUCGCCUGAAAAUUCACAGGCUUUGCCUGCUCCAAAUGCACGAGAAAGAAAAAGAUCGGCCGCUCCGCUUGCUCCAGCAGAAGCCACACCAGAAAGAAUCACAAAUCAUCUAGUUUCAGGACCCCACACAAGCACACCCAAAGGAAAGACGAAUACCGAUUGGAAAUCUAAAAGUCUGCCAAGAGGUCCCACGCCUCACAGACCUCUGGAGACUAGAAGAUCCGUUAGAAGACGAUUACCUUACGACGAUGACUUCUCUCCAGAAUGGAAACAGUUGGCAUCUGUCCAGGAAUCCGCUUUGCAAGAGUCCCCUUGUUAUGGUUUGGAACUUUCGCCGGGAUUGCAAAACGAUCUUGAUGUAUCCCAAACGUCGAUAUCGAGCUGCGCCAACCAUGAGUUCGUUUUCGUGGUAGAAUCAGAGCCUGCUAGGAUGAGCCCACAGGAUGAGUUAGACAUCAGUCCUCUUCAGCGACGAGCGACUUGUCACAGACGGAUAAUCGAAAGUCCGGAUUUCCAGAACAGGAUGCAGCAGGCUUUUACUCCCUUGGCUGACAUCCCCUACGCCGAUUCCGUUGAGGAUGUUUCUUUUGAUGAUCGACCGAGGCCGAGGACAUCGAAGAUCAAUUUUGCACCGGUAAAUGAAAUCCAAAUUGAGGACAGCAAUCCGUUCACAGUGACUGGAAUGAGUGAUUCGGACAACAGCGGAACGCAACAGACGAAGAAGGAAGAUAGCAUCACGUUUAACGAACCAAAGAUAGAUGAUAGUGCUGUUUCGAAAAGUAAAACUCUGAAUCCAUUUCUGCAUUCCUUCAAUGACAAAAAUAAAAGUAACUUUUUAGAUAUACAGCGUAAGGACUGCUUCUCAGCCUCAAAACCCAUUCUAGAAAGUGAAAAAACUACUGCUAAUGAUCCUGAUGCAUCUUAUAAUUGCAAUGGAGAAAAAAGGUCAAAGAGUUUGCCUGAAAUGCGAGCAUCCGACAGCGCAGUUGUUUCUAGGGAAUCAACCCCAAGACAAGUUAACCAAAUCGCCAACAAUAAUCUUUUCUCUGCAAAACGUCCCUCGGGACAGACACUCGACGAGACCCCGGCGUCAGCUUCUCCCCCAAUGAACAUGGAAUCAAAGUCUAUUUCAAUAAGUGAUACAUCCUUGGACGGUAUGAAGAUGUCUGCUUCCAAAUACAUCGAUAAAGUUUGGAGCCCUAUGGAAGAAGAAGAAAAUAAAUCUUUGUCAUGGGAAAACAAGCAUCCACAGAGCCCCGAUGAUUCCACUGUGACAUUUUCUCCUUACAAGCCAAAGGGUAGCCCUGCACGGGACAACCCUGUUUCUUGUUGGAUGAAGGAAUUGCGUUUACUGACUGAGAGUGAAUGUUUGAAUGCUUUGCAAGCAAAAGAACUUAUAAAAGAAGACUGGAUUGCUCAUGCUUUGGCUGUUGGAAACGCACAAGAGUCAGCAGAGCGCAUAUGGGAAGUUGGAAGCGAUGUAGACAAACAUAUUCAAGAAAUGUCUGACGCCUUGAAGAAGCCAACAUUAGCAGUAACGCCAUUUUCUCUUAAAGUGGCCCAGUUUUGUUCCUCAGUGGUGGAAUUACUGAAGAUGAGUUCAGCUACGGAACAAAUCAACCAGGUGGAAUCAAGAAUAAAGAAGUCAUGUGCAGAUUUACUAGAUACAGUUCGAAAAGGAGAAAAUAGAGAAGAGUGGAAAAUCAAAAUUACUUCGGAACUUCAGGUGCUGCAGAAAUCUGUGAAGGCAAUUGUGCAACAAUUCUUGUUCAAACAUUUAAAAGUCAUUGUGGAGUGUGUGGAGAAGGCAACCAACGUCAACAGCUUGAAGCGGGCCGUCUUCGCAGUGAUCUUAUUAGGACGUAUAGAUUCCAGUUUCUGUGAGCUCAUGGCAAAAUUGGGAGCUGUUCGCAACUUGCUGGCAAUUUGUGUAGAAGUCAAAUGGAAGGAGAUGCACCCCUGCGCCCUAAGAGCCCUUACUGUACUUAGUUGUGUGCCCCUAGCAAUCAAAAGUUUUGAAGAGGGCGGAGGUGUCGAUUGCAUUUGUGACGUCCUAUGCGAAGAAAAGAGCUCAGAAGGAGCUCGGAGUGAAGCAGCAGGCCUUGUGGCUCAGAUUACAGCCCCGUGGACAGAAGGCAGUGGAUACGUAUUACGAAGCGUCAAUCACAACGCCCACAGAUUAGUGCGCUCCAUUGCUGGGUUGGCUUCUAAAACACAAAGUAGCGAAGUGUUCCUAUUGUCUUCUGCUGCUCUGGCAAACCUGUCCUUCGCAGAGAAUAUUCUGAAAGAAAUGAAGCAAAACCAAGUGCUGGAAAUAUUGGUCAACGCAUGCAGGAACAGUUCGCACGCAUCCUCCCUUUUCAUUAAAGAUCAGGUGGCUACAGUUCUGGCAAACAUGGCUGCAAAAGAAGAUUACCGAAAUGUUCUCUCUUCAGGGGGAAGCCUCGUUUUGCUGUUGUGCUUCCUACAGUUACGUCCUUCAGUAGGGCAUGCAGCCCCACAACUGGCAGCCUGUGAAAGGAUACAGCAGAAGGCAGCUAUUGCCCUUGCCAGGCUAUGCACGAAUCCAGAAACUUCUAAUGUAGUUGCAGAUAUGCAAGGAAUUCAAAGGUUGGUAAAACUGUGCAAAGACCGAAAAGAGCGCAAUGACAGCGAUUCAGUUCUAGUGGCCUGCCUUGCAGCUCUUCGCAAAAUAGCAGUCACACGUCAGAAAGAAGAAUUCAAGAAAUUAGGAGCUCAAGAAUUAGUGGAACCUCGAUUAUGGGAUGCAUUUUUGGCUCAUUCUUCAAAAAGAGAAAGUUAUGUUUAACAUCAAAGCUUUCUACACCUUGAAUAUGUACAGCAAAUUAUUUUUCCUGCAACGCCUUGUGCUUCACCAAACCAUAUUACUAAUUGCAAAGGGCAAACUUUUGGAGGUGUUUCAUGUACAUUUAAAUUUACAUUACCAGAAAACCAGAAAUUUUUUGUAGUGUUGGUCUGAAAUAUACACACAGGGAAUAAUUAAUGGAGAAGAAAGGAGGGUGUGUGUGUAAUAUAGAUUUUAUUUUACUUUAUCUAAAGGUAGGAAUAACUAUAUUGGAUAUUACAAAUAUAUCACAAUUUUAGUUAGCUACCUACUGCAUACGUACUUCUAGUCAAUCUCACAAUUUAAAGUCUCUAAGAACAGUUAAAGAGUAAAUCUUUCAUAAAUUUUGAGCAUGAAAGUAAAAUUGCUUAAGACAUUUUAUUGUGCUUAUUGACUUUAAAGUGUGCAGACAUAUAUGUGGAUUUGUGAUACUUGUCUGUAACUACUAUUUUUACAAUGUUCCUUCUAAGGAUUUGUAAGAAAAAUUUUAAAUGUAUGACAAUGUUAAAUAAAAAUAAAUGAUUUUAUGAAGUACUGAAUGUAUAAAUCAUCAAAUCAACAAUGAAUAAAUAUAUUUAUAAAUUCAA